CUAAAAAGGAGAGACCUGCUCUGCCACACAUGAAACAAUCUUACUCUACCGAUUGGUCGUCAUCACCUACGGAUGUGGAGGAUUUUGUUCCCAAACCCUUGUCAGAAAGAGAAAUCAUAGCUCUGUUUGAAAAAAUGAUGGAGGAUAUGAAUUUAAAUGAAGACAAGAAGGCACCACUAAGAGAAAAGGAUUAUAAUACCAAAAAAGAAAUGGUGAUGCAAUAUAUUAGCACUGCUUCAAAGUCUGGAAGCCUCAAGAAUAGUCAGAAGAUUUCACCCCAAGAGUUUAUUCAGGAAUUAAAAUCUGGAUCAACAGAUGAAAGACUGGUCGCUUGCUUAGAAUCUCUUCGUGUGUCCUUGACUAGUAAUCCUGUCAGCUGGGUUGAAAACUUUGGCCGGGAAGGUCUGGGGCUGUUGUUGGAUGUUUUGGAAAGACUAGUUGAGGCAAAACACCAGGACAAAAUUGUGAAGAGGAGUCAGCAUAAAGUUAUACAGUGUUUGAGAGCCUUCAUGAAUAAUAAGUAUGGAUUGGAAAGAAUUCUGGGAGAAGAGAGGAGUCUUUUGUUGCUGACCAAAGCGAUUGAUCCCAGGCAAACAAACAUGAUGACGGAUAUAGUUAAACUCCUGUCUGCAAUAUGCAUUGUUGGAGAAGAAAGCACCCUUGAAAAAAUUUUGGAAGCUGUAACAGCAGCAGCAGAGGAAAGGAAUGUUGAUCGAUUCUCUCCUAUUGUUGAAGGUCUUCAGGAUAACUCAGUUCAGCUGCAAGUAGCUUGUAUGCAGCUCAUCAAUGCUCUUGUUACAUCUCCUGAUGAUUUGGAUUUUAGGCUUCACAUCAGAAACGAGUUUAUGCGCAGUGGAUUGAAAGAGAUAUUGCCACAAUUGAAGUGCAUAAAGAAUGAAGCUCUGGAUAUUCAGCUGAAAGUGUUCAAUGAGCAUAAGGAAGAAGACAUGAUUGAGUUCUCUCAUCGCUUAGAAGAUAUUAGAUCUGAACUAGAUGAAGUAAAUGAUGUUUACAACAUGGUAUGGAAUACAGUUAAGGACACUAGUGCUGAAGGAUAUUUUCUUUCUAUUCUCCAACAUCUUUUGCUGAUAAGAAAUGAUUAUUUUAUACGUCCGCAGUAUUUCAAAUUAAUUGAAGAGUGCGUGUCCCAGAUAGUGUUGCAUCGAAGUGGAACAGACCCAGAUUUCACAUAUCGUAAAAGAUUAGAUAUAAAUUUCAGUCACUUAGUAGAUAUUUGUGUGGAUAAAGCAAGAUUAGAAGAAUGUGAAGAGCGGGCUUCAGAACUUUCCAGAAAAUUUGAAAAAGAUUUUAUAGUUCAUCAGGAGACCCAGGCCUUACUGCAAAAGAAAGAAGAACGGAUCAGUGAACUUGAAGCAGAAUUACAGGCUUUUAAAUCACAGUAUGGCUCCUUGCCACCUGGACUUCUGCCAUCAACACGUGGAGAUGCAUCUGUCACUCCACUAGAAGUUGCAGGACCACAUCAGUUGCCUCUGCCUCCUCCACCACUGCCUUCUAAUGGAGCAAUCCCACCACCACCACCGCCUCCUCCCCCUCCUCUUCCACCAUCUUUAAAUGGCUUGGGAAUUCCUCCAGCUUUUGGUGCUCCUCCUCCACCACCACUUCCACCAGGCCUGCCUGGAGCACAGCGGUCUCCACCUCCACAUGCUUUGCCAUUUGGACUGAAGCCUAAAAAAGAGUUCAGGCCUGAGGUUACCAUGAAAAGACUCAACUGGUCCAAGAUCAGGCCACAAGAAAUGACAGAAUCCUGUUUUUGGGUCAAGGCAGAAGAGGACAAAUACGAGAACGCUGACAUGCUUUGCAAAUUGGAACUUACUUUUUGUUGUCAAAAGAAGGUAAAAAAAGAAGAGGAAGAUUUUGAAGAAAAGAAAUCCAUUAAGAAACGAAUCAAAGAAUUGAAAGUUUUGGACCCGAAGAUCGCACAGAAUCUGUCAAUUUUCCUUGGCUCUUUCCGAAUGCCUUAUGAGGAGAUCAAAACAAUGAUAUUAGAAGUAGAUGAAACACAGCUGGCAGAAUCCAUGGUUCAGAAUUUAAUAAAACAUCUUCCUGAACAAGAACAACUGAAUGCAUUGUCCAAGUUCAAGAGCGAGUAUAACAAUUUAUCUGAGCCAGAGCAGUUUGGAGUUGUGAUGAGCAAUGUGAAGAGACUACGGCCACGGCUCAGUGCUAUUCUUUUUAAGCUUCAGUUUGAGGAGCAGGUGAACAACAUCAAACCUGACAUCAUGGCUGUCAGUGCUGCCUGUGAAGAGAUAAAGAAGAGUAAAAGCUUCAGCAAGCUGCUGGAACUAGUAUUGUUAAUGGGAAACUACAUGAAUGCAGGUUCUCGGAAUGCACAGACCUUUGGAUACAACCUCAGCUCCCUGUGUAAACUGAAAGACACAAAGUCAGCAGAUCAAAAAACAACGUUGCUCCAUUUUCUUGUAGAAGUAUGUGAAGAAAGGUAUCAGGAUGUCCUAAAUUUUGUUGAGGAUUUUCGGCAUUUAGAUAAAGCUAGUAAAGUCUCAGCAGAAAACCUGGAGAAGAGCCUGAAGCAUAUGGAAAGGCAACUCCAACAGCUUGAGAAAGAUUUACAGACUUUUCCAGUUCCUGAAGAUAAGCACGAUAAGUUCGUGGCAAAAAUGUCUAGCUUUAUUGUUCAUGCCAGAGAAGAUUUUCAGAAACUUUCCCGGAUGCAUGAGAACAUGGAAAAGUUGUAUCAGAACGUGAUGGGAUAUUAUGCUAUUGAUCUGAAGAAAGUUUCGGUGGAGGAGUUUUUAACCGACUUGAACAACUUCAGGACGAUGUUCAUGCAAGCUGUAAAGGAGAAUAUGAGAAGAAGGGAAGCAGAAGAAAAACAGAGGCGUGCUAGAAUAGCCAAGGAGAAAGCAGAGAAAGAAAAAUUAGAGAGGCAACAAAAGAAAAAGCGCUUGUUAGAAAUGAAAACAGAAGGUGAGGAGACUGGAGUGAUGGAUAGUCUGUUGGAGGCCUUGCAGUCAGGUGCUGCUUUUCGAGACCGAAGGAAAAAGACACCAAGAUCUAAAGAUAUACCACAAAAUCUCAGUCCAACCACUCAGAGGCCUGUGCUGAAAGCCUGUAACCAUGAGAACCAGAAAGCACAACUAGAGAAGUCAUGUUCACACCACAGUAUCAGCUUAAAGUUGACGAGAAGCCCAGUCACCAAAGAGAUUUCCUAUGACAUGGAAACAAAUUCUUCUACAGCAUGGAGCAAGGCUGCUGGGAGAAAGGAAGCCUGUAAUGGAGAAGGCAACAAAGAAAAGAAAACAGAGCGUAUUGGGUCUCCUUCUAAAGGAGAAGCCAUUCCAGAAGUAGAAGCUCUCCUGGCAAGACUGCGAGCGCUCUAGGAUAAUCAUAUGAAGGAUUAAAUCAAAACACACUAUAGUAGCUUACAUCUUUUAAAUAUACACUAACUUUCAAUUACUGACAUUACAUACUUUUGAGUUCUCAAUAUGUGAAUACUCCACUCCUAAACUGUACAAAGUGGUACUAUAGUAUUGCUUAACUGUAAGCAGAUUGUUAUGUAUUUUUAUCUAUCGAGCAUGUGAAAAAUAUUAGAAGAAACAGAUACUAAAUUAUUCCAAGGCACAAUCAUUUUAGUGGACACACUGCUGACCACAGUGUUUUGAGAGCUUCUCAAAAUAGAAGUAAAAUACCUUCUAAAUAUUGUUAAAUCAUCAUGCUGGGGAAUCAGGGUCAAUAAAUAACAGGAAAAGUAUUCUUAUAUUUUGUACUACAGUUUUUAUGCUUAAGUGAUUUUAGCACCUAAGAAGUAUUAUUAUAGCAUUCUUUGCAAUUGUAAUGAUGGGAAAUGUGCAUCAUCUCAAUUUCUCAGCCAUGUUCCAGUUUGAGGUCACUGAAGAGCACCAAAGCUUUCUGAAUUAUAUAUGCAUUUACAAAAUGGAAAUCCAUGGACAGUAAACAAGAAAUCUAUGCAAAGAAUAUACUUUAGAUAUGAUUAAUAUAUCACUGCUGUUAAGCUUAGUUAUGAUGAUUAUUUCAAAAUAAUAUAUACAGUUUCUGUGAAUGCAAUGCUUUGCUGUUGUGUCCAUAGCAGGAGAAAAAUCUUUCUUCAAAUUAUUUACCAAUAUAAUCUUUUAACUUUUCACAUAUGAGUUAAUAUGUUUUUGUAAAAGGAACAUAUAAUGGAAAAGAUUUUUACAAUUGGGUUUUCACAACCUCAUUUUCCAGUAGCCUAUAAAGUCAUUUGCUGGCACAAUAGGAAUCUUGCACAUAAUUGCAUCUCUUUUAUCGCAUUGUCAUUGUACAUUGUUACAUGUUGGCUAUCGUAUUUAUUAAUUGCACAUCAUAAGGAAUUUCUACCUAUGUUAUCAAGUAGGAAGCUACUAUUAGUAUCUUUGCUCCAUUAUUUAAAGCUUCCUUAUAAUAAAAGUGUAUUAGUUAUCUAAUAUCUUUCUUCCAAAUUACUCUAUUUUUCUUUACAAAAUCCUGAAAAAUAUGUCUUUCAAUAAGAGGCAGUUACAUGAAACCAGUGUUUCAAUGCUUCAGUGCUUUUUAUAUCCUUGUUUAAGUUGCCUUCUUACUUCCUGCACUAAACAUUAAUAAAGUUAAUUAGAACUCUGAAACUAGGCCUGUUUAUAAACACUGCAUGGGGUGUUUUUCAGCCAUCAUGGGAGUCAGUCUCAUGUUUCUGGGUUUGUUGUAACUCUCUAAUUACACUUCCACUUUGGCUUUAAAAAAUACAAGCUAUAAACAGAAAUUAGAUAUGUAAAGAUGCAGAGAAAUCCAGUCAGACGGUCAUCUCUUCAGCCCUACUUACAAGCAAUGGGCAAAGCUGUCAUAUCAGGCUGCCUCUGGUAGCUUGAAAUAGCAUAGAAUUGGGAAUUUAAUGCAUCUUUAAUGGAUGAGUAGCAAGUGCUGGUCCGCAUAAUGUAGUAGAGUAUGAGUCACAAUGGAACUGACAAUUUCCUGUACAAUUACUACAGUAAAUUGUAUGCAAUAAUUGUAUGUAAUACGAUUAUUAAAGUUCCACUAAGCUCUUUUCCACCACAA